AUGUCUCAGAAACUAAAGGUCGCCGUCUCCCAGGCCAGGACCCGCGCUACCCUCCAGGAGACCCUCGAGGCUCUCGAAGGGAUCACCCGCCUCGCGGCAUCCAGAGGAGCAAGAAUCAUCCUCUUUCCCGAAGGCUACCUUGGCGGAUAUCCUCGAACAUGUACCUGGGGAGCGGCAAUGGGAGGCCGUGAGGACAGCGGCCGUCAGCAGUAUUUGCAUUACUACCAGGCAGCUGUUGACGUUGGCGACACGCCUGCCGGAGCAGGAGAUGAUUGGGUUCACAGACGACUUCCGCUCGCUGAAGGGAAGAAUCAUCGCGGCGACGGCACCAGGGAAGUGCUGGAACGCAUUUCCCGCGAGACAGAUGUGUUGAUCAUCGUGGGCUUGAUUGAGAGAUGCGGUGGGAGCCUGUAUUGCGGUGUUGUAUACGUCGACCCCAAGCGUGGGGUUUUGGGAAAAAGGAGAAAGGUGAUGCCCACCGGAAUGGAACGCCUCGUUUGGGCCCAAGGCUCGCCUUCAACUUUGAAGGCAGUAACCACUGAAGUCGACGGCGUCAAACUGACCAUGGCCGCGGCAAUCUGCUGGGAGAACUACAUGCCGCUCCUCCGGCAGAGUCUCUACGAACAAAACGUCAACCUGUACCUUGCACCCACCGCCGACGGCCGUGAUACGUGGCUCCCUCUCAUGCAGACUGUGGCAUUCGAAGGUCGAGCUGUGGUCUUGACCUGCAACCAAUGUGUCCGAAAGAGCCAGCUCCCCGACUGGGUACAGGGCAACGACAAUUCUCAGCGAAAAGGCACCGAAGACUCCGAGGAUCCCAUCCUUACCGGCGGUGGUUCUUGCAUCGUGAGCCCCUUGGGCAAGGUUCUCGCAGGUCCCAUCUGGAACGUUGACGAUGACGAUGCCGAAGGGUUGCAGAUCGCUGAAGUUGAUUUUGAGGACUGUACGAGGGGCAGGUUGGACCUGGAUGUUGCUGGAAGCUAUUCGCGCAAUGAUUCCUUCAAGCUGACGGUUCAAGGGCUGGAUUUGACGCCUCCACCUGUAUAA